GUGCGACAGGACUGGAGUGAGGUGGCAACUGGCAAGAGCAGUCCCCGGUACGAGAAGAGGUGACUCUGUUUGGCUGUGUCAUUCUGUGAUAAACAACGGGUCUCUUAUUCCGUUGAGGUAUUCCUUCUGCUGCCAAGUGCUGCCAUGUCUGCUAAAGCCAUCUCAGAGCAGACAGGAAAAGAGUUCCUGUACAAAUUCAUCUGCACCUCAGCAGCCGUGCAGAACCGCUUCCGCUAUGCCAGCGUCACCGCUGAGACUGACUGGGACAGACUCGCGCAGGAGCAUCCGUGGCUGCUGACAGAGCGUCUUGUGGUAAAGCCAGAUCAGCUAAUAAAGCGGCGAGGGAAGCUCGGGCUGGUGGGCAUUGACCUGGACCUGCAGGGUGUUCGAGAGUGGCUCAGUGCCCGCUUAAUGAAGGAGACCACUGUGGGAAAGGCAAAGGGUGUGCUGAAGAACUUCCUCAUUGAGCCUUUUGUUCCUCAUACUCAGGAGGAGGAGUUUUAUGUGUGUAUCUAUGCCACCCGUGAGGGUGACUAUGUGCUCUUCCACCAUGAGGGAGGAGUGGAGGUGGGUGACGUGGAUGCCAAGGCCCAGAGGCUGAUGGUGGCAGUGGAUGACAAGCUGAGUGAGGAUCAGGUCACAGAGCAGCUCCUCACACAUGUUCCAGAGGAUAAGAAAAAAGUCCUCGCUAGCUUUAUCCUUGGCCUCUUCAACUUAUAUGAAGACCUCUACUUCACCUACCUUGAAAUCAACCCUCUAGUUGUAACCCAAAGUGGAGUGUAUGUCCUUGAUAUGGCAGCAAAGAUUGAUGCCACAGCAGAUUACAUCUGCAAGGCUAAAUGGGGUGAUGUGGAGUUUCCACCACCCUUUGGCAGAGAAGCAUAUCCAGAGGAGGCAUAUAUAGCUGAUCUGGAUGCAAAAAGUGGUGCCAGUCUUAAACUGACUCUACUGAACCCUCGAGGAAGGAUCUGGACCAUGGUGGCUGGAGGAGGGGCUUCAGUUGUCUACAGUGACACCAUCUGUGACCUUGGUGGUGUGGAUGAGCUGGCUAACUACGGCGAGUACUCUGGAGCACCCAGUGAACAGCAGACCUACGACUACGCUAAAACCAUCCUCUCUCUCAUGACAAGGGAGAAACACUCUCAAGGGAAAGUGCUGAUCAUUGGAGGAAGUAUCGCUAACUUCACUAACGUAGCAGCCACAUUCAAGGGUAUUGUCAGGGCUAUUAAAGACUACCAAGGCCCUCUGAAGGAGCAUGAGGUCACCAUCUUUGUCAGACGUGGAGGGCCCAACUACCAGGAAGGGCUGAGAGUGAUGGGGGAAGUGGGGAAGACCACCGGUAUCCCUAUCCAUGUAUUUGGUACUGAGACACAUAUGACGGCCAUCGUUGGAAUGGCUCUGGGACACAGACCGAUCCCCAAUCAACCUCCCAUGGAUGCUCACACCGCUAACUUCCUCCUCAAUGCCAGCAGCAGUGCAGCGACUCCAGCUGCAACAAGGACUGCUUCCUUUUCUGAACCACGAACGUCUAAUGAUGCCACCCCGGCCAAAAAGUCAAAAGAAGGUCUUCCUGCAGACUCUCUUCACUCUAUACUGUGGCCUCUGAAGAAUGUGGUCACAGCAGAUUGGAAAGAAGCGCAAGCCUCUUCAGGCUGCAGCGGAGCUAAAGCCACAACGCUCUUCAGAAAACACACCAAGGCUAUGGUUUGGGGCAUGCAGACACGCGCCGUGCAAGGCAUGCUGGACUUCGACUACGUUUGUUCCCGAGACGAACCCUCGGUGGCAGCAUUGGUCUACCCAUUCACUGGGGAUCACAAGCAGAAGUUCUACUGGGGUCACAAGGAAAUCUUGGUGCCCGUCUAUAAGAAUAUGGCUGACGCCAUGAAGAAGCACCCUGAGGUGGACGUCCUGAUCAGCUUUGCUUCACUGCGCUCUGCCUUUGACAGCACUAUGGAGGCCUUGCAGUACCCACAGAUCCACACUAUUGCCAUCAUAGCUGAAGGCAUCCCUGAAGCUCAGACCAGGAGGAUGAUCAAGAUGGCUGAUGAGAAAGGUGUCACUAUCAUCGGCCCUGCUACGGUCGGUGGCAUCAAACCUGGCUGUUUUAAGAUCGGUAACACAGGUGGCAUGCUGGACAACAUCCUGGCUUCCAAACUAUACCGUCCUGGCAGUGUGGCAUAUGUGUCCCGCUCUGGAGGCAUGUCCAAUGAGCUGAACAACAUCAUCUCUCGCACCACAGAUGGCGUGUAUGAAGGGGUGGCCAUCGGAGGAGACAGGUAUCCAGGCUCCACCUUCAUGGACCAUGUUCUUCGUUACCAGGACACUCCAGGAAUCAAGAUGAUAGUGGUUUUGGGAGAGAUUGGAGGAACAGAGGAAUACAAGAUCUGCCAAGGCAUCAGGGAGGGCAGGAUAACCAAGCCGGUGGUGUGCUGGUGUAUUGGCACUUGUGCCACAAUGUUUGCCUCAGAGGUUCAGUUUGGCCAUGCAGGAGCCUGUGCCAACCAGGCUUCAGAAACAGCAGUAGCCAAGAACCAGGCCCUGAGGGACGCUGGAGCAUAUGUACCAAAGAGCUUUGAUGAACUUGGAGAUGUUAUCAAGACCGUUUAUGAUGAACUGGUGGCCAAUGGUACCAUCAUUCCCGCUCAAGAGGUGCCCCCACCCACGGUACCCAUGGACUACUCUUGGGCCAGGGAGUUGGGCCUGAUCCGUAAGCCAGCCUCCUUUAUGACCAGCAUCUGUGAUGAGCGAGGCCAAGAGCUCAUUUACGCCGGCAUGCCUAUCACUGAAGUUUUCAAAGAGGAGAUGGGGUUAGGAGGUGUGCUGGGCCUGCUCUGGUUCCAACGCAGGUUGCCACGCUAUGCCUGUCAGUUCAUUGAGAUGUGUCUGAUGGUGACAGCUGACCACGGGCCCGCUGUCUCAGGUGCUCAUAACACCAUCGUCUGUGCUCGAGCUGGCAAGGACCUCAUUUCCAGCCUCACCUCUGGCCUGCUUACCAUUGGGGAUCGUUUUGGAGGGGCUCUGGAUGCAGCUGCCAAACAGUUCAGUAAGGCAUUUGACAGCGGUUUGCUGCCCAUGGAGUUUGUCAACAAGAUGAAGAAAGACGGCAAACUGAUUAUGGGAAUUGGACAUAGAGUCAAAUCAAUUAACAACCCUGACAUGAGGGUGCAGAUUCUGAAGGACUUUGUGAAGCAGCAUUUCCCCUCCACUCAGUUACUCGACUACGCCCUAGAUGUAGAGAAGAUCACCACCUCUAAGAAACCAAACCUGAUCCUAAAUGUAGACGGUUUUAUUGGUGUUGCCUUUGUGGACCUUCUGAGGACGUGUGGUGGCUUCACACGAGAUGAGGCGGAUGAGUUUGUGGAGAUCGGAGCGCUAAAUGGGAUCUUUGUCCUGGGUCGCAGUAUGGGCUUUAUUGGACAUUACCUGGACCAGAAGAGGCUGAAACAGGGCUUGUACCGCCACCCAUGGGAUGACAUAUCCUACGUCCUCCCUGAACACAUGUCCAUGUAAUCCCCACAUCGCUCAACAGGAUGCACUUCCGGAUGUAGCCAGGCAGCAUUAACACAUCUCACUAAACCUGCAUAGAGUGUGAACGCUGUGAUAACAAGAAAAGCUGCCUGGGUGAAAAAUGUGUUAAAAAGUGGAGAUACUCUCUGUUUGAGGUACCUAGAAGGAAGUUUUUGAUCUAGUUUUUAUGGAUUAAAAAGGGGAAGUAUUUUUUCAGAUGUCGCUUUGACAAAAUAUUUAAAGUUGUAACUUAUUCAGUUUCCAGUAAAGAACCAAACCAAUGCAAACAGCAGCAGCUAUAGAAGCACAAAAUCAAUUGCUUCUUUUAAAAAUGCACAAAAUUGUUUUUGGUACGAGGUCAGAAUUGAAAUGCUCCUGCUUUGAGCCUGAAGAGUUAAAAAGUGGCUGAAGUGAAAUUUGAUUAAGCAAUACGGUAUGGUCUUUUUAUACUGCUUCAUAAAAUUAACAAGAAAGACUUGAAUUCAUCAGCAUUUGUCUGUUUUAUGCCACAAGAGAGCACUGUAAAGUAUGCUUUCUUACUUUCUGAGCAUUGCACCUUAGUUGAAACACUAGCUCCUACUACGAAUCUUUGUCACAGUGAAUUAACCAAAGUUAUUUUUAGAAGUUUGUUGUCUUUGUUUUAAGUUAAAAAGGGUCCAGUGGUUUUAUCUUAAUGCUUUGAAAAGAAGGAAUUUAAAAGGAAAGAAGAAAUUCAGUGGACACAAGAUGACUAAAGUGUUCUUCCACCAUUGCCUUUCCUAGAACUAGAGGUUUAAAGUCAUCAGCUACUGUAAUUUACCUGCAGUUUUAUGUCUUCAAGUCUUUUCGCAAAGUCUGAAUACUUGUGUUGCUUUUCUGAAUAACUGUGUCAGGAAACAGGAAAAUGUAGAAGCACCAGAACGAUGAGGAACAAAACGCUUCAUGACUGAGCCCUGUAAGUCUUUGAAAACAACAUUUGGCGAGGGGCCAUGAGGGCAGUUUAUUUUUUGAAAUAGUGGCAGAUGAAAAAGAUGUCAGCUGUGUUCAACAUAUGAAGACUUGGUUACUGUUCACUGUAUGGCCUGCCUUUUUGUUUGUUUUUUUGCGCUAUUUUUAUUUAACUGUGAAAAUGCUUUUGUCUUUUGUAAUAUGCUGUCAUAAUGUAGAAUAAUAAAGAAUUUGUUGUUUUACUUUUCA